UGUACAGGAUUUCCCCUUGGUUCCACCAUGUCUACUAGAAUCAUUACUGAUCCAAAAGGAGAAAGAGCAGACGCAUUGAGGGAAUGGGUCAAAAAUCGCACCGACUGGCUGAGUGACAGGCAAGCAAGGGUAUUGGAUGUCAGGAACCCUACGAAAGAGAAGGUGAUCAUCACACUGGACUCCCUGAAGCUAAAAAGGCCUUACAACACCUUGCAAGAGCAACGCCAUUGGCUCAGGGUUACAAUACCCAACCCUCAAAUGAGCACGAUCAAUGCAUACCUGGAGUGCUCUGCUUGUGGACGGCGUGGAGACAUUCCAGCAGGGACAUCCUACACUUGCACCAGAUGUAAGGCAGAUACCGUGUCUACUCCAAAGAUUACCUACAAUUUCGUGGCAUCUGAUGGGACUGGCACAAUGGAAUGCACCUCGUUCACUGAAGAUUCUGAAAAGUUGUUCAGGAUGACGGCUGCAGACACGUUCAGGAUGAAGAACAGCAAUGAUGCAGCGACCUUUGAACAGCUCCAGGAAAUGCUCAAGUCCAACCACUUUCUGCUGGAAGUCGGUCCAACAAUGGGCCGUUCAAAGAACGGCGUGCUUGAAUGGUGCUUGAAAUCGAUUGAUUUGGAAUCUGGGGAGGCCCAAGCAGAAAAUGUUGAGCAUCACUUUGCUGAUCAGCAGGCUGAACAGGGUCCGAGUGCCAGCCAGGUGCUUGCACAAGCAACGAUUGCUAGGCAGCAGCUUGAACAACCAACGCUUCGUAGGAAGAACCCUGAGCAAGCAAUGGUUACUGGGAAGCAGCCAGAGCAAGGAGCCAUUCCUCAAAAGAAACUGAAGCAGGCCCAAGCAGAAAAUGUUGAGCAUCACUUUGCUGAUCAGCAGGCUGAACAGGGUCCGAGUGCCAGCCAGGUGCUUGCACAAGCAACAAUUGCUAGGCAGCAGCUUGAACAACCAACACUUCGUAGGAAGAACCCUGAGCAAGCAAUGGUUACUGGGAAGCAGCCAGAGCAAGGAGCCAUUCCUCAAAAGAAACUGAAGCAGGAAUUCAUAGCUGAGCUCCAUGCUGCACAGGGGAGUAUUGCAAGACAAUCAGACGAAGAGGAGGAUGACUCCUCUGGUAAGUAAUUCAAGUGCAUCAUUAGUUGUCCCUUUUGCUUAGGAUGAAGAAGCCAGAUCCUCUGGUAUGUAAUUCAAGUCAAUCAGUCAUCCACCCUUUUGCUUAGCUAAGAUUAAUGUCUUGUAAAAUAAUUAGUAUUGUAGUUGAUCUACCUUGGAAACUUGUAAGAUAUAGGUAGUCUCUACUUAGCCUGGAAUCAACGAGUCCUACACUUCAUGCCAACAGAAAUAGCUUCUGUUGCGAUCGUAUAGAAGGUGGGAAUGAAGCCUCACUAUCUAGAACCCCUUACAUAUUUUGUAAUAUAAACAUAAGAACUCUUGUUCUAUUCUAACUCGGGCACUAUGCCGAGUACCUUAUAUUCUAAUUUGCACGAGUGCUUUGUAUC